GCAACCCGGAAGUAGAAGGGCGCGUUGUCAAAGCCAAACGACUAACUCAAUAGGGCCUCUUUUGAUAUUAACGGAAGUAACUUGAACGAAGCUGGAGCUUCCUCCGAUUUUGCCUCUUCCGACGUUCAGGUGACCGAGAAGCUGAAUAGCCUUGCAUGCGAAGUUAGAAGCGAGCGGAUUAUGGGCGAGUAUGACCACACGCUUGGGUUGUUUCUAGUAGGGGUGUUUUUCAACACGUACCUUUACGGCCUAGUGACGCGCCAAUGCUGUGCCUAUUUCACUGCGAAGUUCCAGGAUCGUUGGCUGGUGAAGGCGAUGAUAGCCUUCAUGUUCUUGCUUGAUUCCGUCGAAACCAUUGGGCUCAUCUACAAUCUCUAUGACUGGGCUGUAACCAACUUUACCAACCCUAGCAUAGUUACCGCUGGGAACGAAUGGCCAUAUACUACAACACCCUUCUGGGUUGGUACUUCUGCCAUAAUGACCCAGUUCUUUCUGGCCUGGCGCAUCUGGAGUCUCAGCGGUAACCGUAUACUCCCUGCAAUUGCAAGCAUGUUAGCCGUUAUUGCUUGGGCCUUCUGCUUAGUGUCGGGGAUCAAGGCAACUAUAAUUAAACAGCCUAAGCAUUUGGCCGAGAUUAACGGCUAUGUGGCUACUUGGAUGAUUAUCCAGGUUAUCACUGAUCUUCUCAUUGCGACAACCCUCAUAGUUAUUCUGGUGCGGUCCAAGAGCGGACUCGCAAAGUCGCUCAACACGAGUAUAUUCAACCGGCUCAUUGGCGCUGCCAUACAGACCGGUUUGGUGGCUGGAUUGUUCUCCGUCAUCGGACUAACGUUAUUUGUCCUGUGGCCGACAAGCAACUGGGAGGCAGUAUUCAUACCGCCCAUCGGCGGGAUAUAUGCAAUUACUAUCCUUGACACGCUGCUUGCGCGUCUUGACGUGCGUCGUUAUCAGCGCUUGAAACCAAGACAUGUUUCUACACAGGUAAAGUGCAUGUAG